AAACAGUGAUUGUUUUUAUCGCAAUGUCUCAAAAACCUGCGUGUAUCCAGUGUGGUGGAACAGAUUACGUUUUAGAAUCUGGAUUCUAUUUUUGUUCUGAAUGUCAAGUUCAAUCUCAAGAUAUCAGAGAGGAAGUGUUUGAUGAUUAUUGGCAAGGGCAAAAAACUGGAAGAGUGUCGAUUGCAGCACCUUUAAGUCAGGAAGUAGCUACACAAGAUUCCUUACUUCAGGAGUCAAUUGCUACAGAUAAAAAUCUUACUUCAUGGGAAGUGUUUAAUAUUAUUUUGAAAGGCCUGGUGGAUGAACUGACCCUUCUUGGAGCACCAAAGGAGUUGAAACUGGUUGUUCUUCAGCUUUGGGCUUCUUAUCUUAUGAAAACAGAAGCUGCUUUUAUAUCAAAACUUAUUGAGAAGAGACCUCGCUUAGAUUUGAAUUUUCGUAAGAGAGAUGCUGAAUUAAUAUAUGGUACAAACAAAGAGUUAAUAAAUGCAUACAAGAAGCCUAUCUACCGAAAGAAAAUUACAAAAUCGCGCAUGCCUAAUGAGAAGGAAUCUUCAUUUGCCAAUACAAGGAUGAAAAAAUAUCGUCUUACAAAGAAAACAAAAAUGUUAGCGAAAGCUGAAUACGAACAGUCUUCGGUUUCAAGUCAAGCUUCGGAAAUCACUCUUGAAAGUUUAUCAGCCAAAAGUGUUUCUUCAUCUUCUCAAAAAAGUUACAAAUUGAGGUAUAAUACGAAAGCUAAAGUAGCUUUAAGCAGCAUGUUGGAUGCAGCUUCAGAAAUAGACAAUGAUGCCAGAAGCUCUCUGCAGAAGCAAAUAUUUGGUCGAGAAGCCAAAUCAUUACACCACUUGUCAUUGUCAAAAUUACUUGCAAUAUUGAGGCUCGCUUUACUUAUCUUAGAUUCAGAUAUCCACUUAGGAGACCUUUUAAGGUGGUCUGCAGAAGGCUAUUUGUCACUACUCAAUGCUGAAAAACUACUUCCUUCCAAGGUAUCCAUUGGCAAGGAUAUUAUUCCGAUUUUCAUUUUUGCUCUUAAUUCAAGGGAGCAUAUUAACAGAAAAGUUAUGCUAAUGGCUGAUUCCCUAGGAGUCGUUGACGUGUCUCCUAGAAUCUUGCCCCUCAUUGAAAGAUACUUGAAAGAAUUGCAGCUGCCAGAUGAUUUAUUGAAAAUAAUAAGGAUGUUAAUGGAACUUAGUCCACCUAGGUUGAGACUGACUCUUUCUGUCAAUUAUGAAGGACGAGCAAUGGCUUUUAUUAUUUUUGCCUUGAAAUUACUUUUAGGGCUAGAUGGUACCACCGAGAAAUGUAUUUCCAAAGUCACUAAAAUUAUUAACAGGAAACAGGAAAAGGAUAAAAAGAGGUUAUUUAAUUGGUCAGAGUGGGUGAGCUAUAUUAAUUGUCGCAGCAGCGUUGUGUCCGUCUACCAUCAGGCUACUAGAAACAUCUAUCAUCCUGCUUCAGCAGUCGGUGGGUCGAAACCAUUCCUGUCUCAUUGGGAAAAAUUACCUUCCAAACAUACGUUCGAAAGGAAGCAUAUAAUCCCUUCAAGUGUCAAAGAAUGUAUGAGCAGGUUCGUGAAAGAUUUAUGCCAAGAGCCUGUAGAGCCAUUGCCUCCUUCUCUUUCUCCUCUCUGCUCAAAUCUUAUGGAAAUAUUUGAUAGAGAUCUUCAUAUUCCGCUUAGGACUAAAAAGAUUUUGGAACAGGAGUUUACCAAUGAUACAGUUGAAUAUCUCUAUGAUGAAGUUUGGCAAAAAGAAAUUUCUGAAAAAUUUAACAUCAGUUUUGAACAAGUACUUACUGCCAAAGUUGUACAGGUGAAACCUGUUGUUACUGGGAGUAAAUCUACUAGACCUUCGCUGAAAGGGAAUAAAGAAAUGGUAGAUGUAAAAAUAGACUAUAAAGAAGGAAAGUCUGGUAAAAGAAAAAGGUAUAAUCCACAGCUAGAUAUGAAAAGAAGUUUCCUUCCAAAUCCCGAUGACUUUCUACAUGGUGUCAAACUAAAGGACAGGUCUGAAUCUUUUAAAGAGGUAAAUAUCGUGGAAACAAUUUUUAUUUAUGUUUCCUUAAUGUUAAAUGAGGCAAUUAUUUCAAAAUCAGUAAAAUUAACAGCGUAUAAAAAAACUAAUAGUAUAGCAGACUCCCACUUAUCUGUUUAA